UGGCGCUGCACAGAGCACGGCAGCAGCUAAAACAAGAAGCGCGAAAACAGCUGAAAUGGUCACUGCAAGCUGAGCAGGUGAUAAAGAUGAUGAGUUCAAUGGCAAAAGCACUUGCUCGAGCUUCAAAUAUUAGCUCCUGCGGUCAGUACAAGGGCCCCUCACAUUCACAGGGAGCUGAGACAAAGAGGGAGGCAGUUUGAGCUGGGAUCGCGCUUGUGCGGAACCCUAAGCAACGGAUCUUCGAUUCAAGCAGCAUUUUGAACGCAUAGAAGCUCCAAAUUUAGGAUCUUGACGGAAGGUUUUGCUGUUGCGCACACUUUGCUCAGGGAUGGUGUUCUCGCUCAGCUGCAUUGAUGGGCUGCCUGCUCACUUGAAUACAAAGUGCCUUUCUGAUUGUUGAUCUUAGGCCAAUCCUGAUUUACUACAGCUAGGUCCAAGGUUUCAAGUGCCUCGAAGUGAGGCCCCUGGAUCACAGUCGACCUCUAACUUUCAUCAGCAUUCAUUCUGCCCUACUCCAGUCACAUCAUACACUCCAUCUAGUCCACUUCUGUCAGAUUCUACACUUAAGGUCUACUUGAGGGGACCAUAAAGGCACCGCUCGCGGAAGUUUCUCGCAACUAGUAUGAGGAAGCUCAAAACACGGGCGCCCGCCCUGCCGGCCGUCGCAGUGUGCCUCCUCAUCUUCCUCAUACUGCUCGAGAUCUUCCGUUUCAUUCAACCAUCCCCCCCGACGACGAUCUAUGCCGUCUCAGGACGCGCAACCUUCUUCUCCGACCUCGAUUUCGUCGAGCUGGAUACUGCUCGGCAUAAUGUAACUAGGAGCGAGUGGAAAUCGGAUCACAAGGACCUCUACCACAAGCAUCCGUGGAAGAUCCAAGCAGAGUUUCUGCACGAGCGGGUGCGGAAAGCGGGGCUGCCACUGGUGCAGUUCUCCCCCGAAGAUCCACGGGAAGACGUCCCGACGCCGCUAUGCCAAGCAACGGACAAAGACUCGGCCGUAACCAAUCUCAAAGUCGGCAGUUUCCAGCGAAAGGUGUACGACGUGUUUACGUUUUUGGACGAGUUGGACAGUCUGGAGAUCCGGCUCCGGACGCUCGCGCCGGUCGUGGAUAAGUUCGUGCUGAUCAUGUGCGAAAAGAGCUUCAUGAACAACACCGUCGAGUUGAUCGACGUGACGAAGCUGCCGCGCUUUGCCGCCUUCGCCGACAAGAUCCAGAACGUCUACUGCGACCUCGCCACGUGGCCGCUCCACGACCCGUCCCCGUGGAACCGCGAGGACCACAUGCGCAACGUGACGAUGGACGCGGUCGAGAAAAUAGACGACGAAGAUAUUGCGAUGAUGGGCGAUUUGGACGAGUUGCCGAAACCGGCGGUCGUGCACGCGUUCAAAACGGACGCGGAGCAAAAGUUCCCGCUCGUGCUGCACAUGCCGCUCUACCGGUUCAGCUUCGGGUGCAUCGAGCCGCGGUUCGAGGGGGAGGAGCAGUGGCCCGGGACAGUUGUUACACUCGGCAAAUAUAUUCGCGACGGCCACCCAGACGAGCACAUCCGGAAGAUGCACAAGUCGGGGCAACUAGUCAGGCGGGAGCUCCGCAACCACGCUGACGUCACCAUCAAGUGCGGCGGGUGGCACUGCAGCUCGUGCAUGCCUCUGCCCACGUAUAUCAACAAGAUCACCCAGUACUCUCACGGCGGGGAGAUUCCGAAGGAGUUUAAGGACCCCCGUUUGGCGCAGGAUCAGAUCGAGACCUGCUUGUUUGGGACGUUGUCUAGGACGCGGUCUCUCGCAGGGUUGCCGCCGGUGUUGUUCGAGGAGAAAGAGAAAUUUGGGUAUUUGCUGCCGCUUUGAGGUUUGGGACGGUUCGUUAGGGCGUUAGAGGGACUGCCGUAACGUCGAGCGCGCCUUGCAAAGACUAGAAGCCCUAAUUGGGCUCAGCCUGUGAACAGUGUUCGGUUGACCGAGGUAAAACAGAAAAAGUGUCAGGCCGUAUGGCCGUGUGAACUUUCAAGCCAUGUCCCUUUCAUUAUGGAGUAGCUCGAUCGAAAUACGGAGCAGGCUCGACUGCUGGUGCGCUGCGUUGUUUGC